AAAGCACGCCGAGAGUUGUAGUUCCGGCAUCGUACGGAAGCCGGGAGGGCCGUGAAGCGCGAUGUGGCCCCAAAUAUUGGUAGGGGGGGCCCGGGUGGCGGCAGGUCUGUGCCCAGCACUGGGGUCUCGCCUCGCCGCCCGCUUCCCCCCGCAGCGGACGCCCGAGAACAGCCUGGCCCUACAGCGGAGCCUGCACGCGACGGCGGCCCGGGCUCUCCCGCUCAUUCCCAUCGUGGUGGAGCAGACGGGUCGCGGCGAGCGCGCCUAUGACAUCUACUCGCGACUGCUGCGGGAGCGCAUCGUGUGCGUCAUGGGCCCGAUUGACGACAAUGUCGCCAGCCUGGUCAUCGCGCAGCUGCUGUUCCUGCAGUCCGAGAGCAACAAGAAGCCCAUCCACAUGUACAUCAACAGCCCUGGCGGCGUGGUGACCUCGGGCCUGGCCAUCUACGACACGAUGCAGUACAUCCUGAACCCCAUCUGCACGUGGUGCGUGGGCCAGGCGGCCAGCAUGGGCUCCCUGCUCCUGGCUGCCGGCACCCCAGGCAUGCGCCACUCGCUCCCCAACUCCCGCAUCAUGAUACACCAGCCCUCCGGGGGCGCCCGGGGCCAAGCCACAGACAUCGCCAUCCAGGCGGAGGAGAUCAUGAAACUCAAGAAGCAGCUCUACAGCAUCUACGCCAAACACACCAAACAGAGCCUGCAGGUGAUCGAGUCGGCCAUGGAGAGGGACCGCUACAUGAGCCCCAUGGAGGCCCAGGAGUUCGGCAUCUUGGACAAGGUUCUGGUCCACCCUCCCCAGGACGGUGAGGACGAGCCUGAGCUGGUGAAGAAGGAGCCAGUGGUGGCAUCGGCGGCUGUGGAACCUGUCCCAGCGAGUGCCUGAGAGCUGCCCCUCACCCUCGCCCUCCAGAGGAAGGUGGCGGCGCCAGGCCUGCCCUGCCCGUCCCUCGACACUGACCUUGGGGGUGCCCCUGCGGGUGGGUACCCCGGCUGAGACACUGUGAUUUUAAAUUAAAUCUUUAGAGACUUUG